UCUGCAUCCGUUAUAUUCUUAAAGUAGGUUCUUCUGUCGUAAGUGGAAUUUAUAAAAAAAUUGUUUCACUGGGUUUCAUACGCAGAUAGAUACCUGCGGAUUAUUCGCCAUGUGCUGCACAUGUUGGAUGUUAACAUAGAUAUACCGUAAUCAUUUAUAAAACACAUAAAUAAACUUACCAAUAAUUGGUUACAUGGUAUUUUUGACAAAAAGCAUAUUCUUUACUAAUUACAAAAUUAAAAGAAACGGAUGACAGGGGUCAUCUAAGUGCAUUGAAUUGGUAAACGUUGCAUAAGUAGAACGCGGCUGACAUAACAUGAUAACACUUCGCAACACAAGUGGCCUUGGCCCGAAUGGUGUGUACCGACGGGAAAUAACGCCAAGCAAUAUUGCAGCGAACGAAACACUGCCUACCACCUUCAUUCGAGUGGACACGUUCAGUUAAUUUACACCAGUAAUAUAUCUAGUAUAGUAAAUCUUGAACCUCGACAAUUUUUUUUAUUACGAACCUUGAUGAAAUUCUUUUAAUUUAAAAAGAUGUUGUUCUGUGAUUAGUGUUAAGCCGUAUAUAACAUUGAAACCUUAAACCCAAAUGGACAUUUUGAAAUAAAUGACGUGAUCCAGUAAACUCAAGAUGGUGUUACGAAGCAUCGAUUACAUCUUAGCCAGUAUCCUGAUAGUGGCAGUUAUCGCAACUCUAGCUAAUGCACAACCGCCCACGGCAGAGGAGUCCAUCGGACAAGACCGAUUUCAGAGGCAAUCUUCUGUAAGAGCAGGAAAAUCUGCGGCAAUAAAACCAAAAUGGGGGUUUUUCGGAACAAUAUUUAGUGUUAUUUUGGAAGAAAUUAAUGACACAAAAAGUGCAUACAACCAGAUUUCCGAGCUAGUGAAUAAUCAAUUUGUAGAUGAAAAGGUUGUAAUACCACCUCCAGAUAAAUCUAAUAAUGGAACUUCACCAUCCCCAAAAAUAACAAGGAAGGAAUUUUUAAAUAUUCUCGAUCGAAACCUAAAAGGUUUGGCGCGUCUGAGAAAUUUAGAAUGGCGCGAAGCUAAAAAGGACUCAUGGAAUAACAUACAAGGUUAUUGGAACGAACUAUUUGGAGAUAAGAAAAAAAGAACUAGAAGAGCGAACAGUCACUAGAUAUUACCUAGUAUGAAAUUCAUAUUAAUAUAAAUAAUGUAAAUAAAGAUAGUAUUUAGUUGUUCCUGUAUUUUAACAUAAAACAUCCUUAGUACACAUACAUCGCAUUUACAAAACAACGCAACAUUCUAUAAGUUAUGGGUAUUUAUCACUUCGUGUAUAUUAUUAUCUACUUAACGAUACAAAAAAUACACGUUAAAAAGAAUUAUGGAAAUCAAUCAUUUAGGACGUUCAAUUGUAGAUAUUGAGUAGGUAUGUUUUAGAUAUAAAACUUUAAAAAAUAUAACCCUUUUCCAUGGUUGCAUUAUUUUACAGUCGUUAUUUUCCUG